AUGGGGGAUUCGGCGGAGGUGGAGGUGAUGGAGAACGUGAUGGAAGAGGAGCUGGGUGAACUGGUUCCCAACCCGUUCUACCCGGCCCCCGUGGUCAUUCCGCCGGAUGCAACCGUCGAGGCAGAGGAGGAGGCCGUGCUGGCAGCAGAAACAGCAGAACCAGAUGCGGAGGCUUUGCCUCCUAAGUCAGACUCCACCGAGUCCGACGAAGGUCUCGAAGGCAACCAUGACGAGUGGAGUGACGACGGGGACGAGUGGUGGGCCCCUGGUCGCUACGAGGGAGAGGAGGUGGACGAGUGGGUGGCAGGCGAUGACGAGGACUAG